UCAUAGGUUGCGUGAUAGAACGCCCGUCUACGGGCAGCAGAAGCUGUCAAAACGGUUAAUAGUAAACACAGAAGCGCGUUUGGAAAUGUUUUAGCGUUUACGAUGUUAUCUUUGUGGACCAGGACCACAGGUCUACACCGUGCCCUUCGUUUAGGGACAUGUAUGAGCAUAAAGCGGAUGCAGCCGGUGUGGGGGGAUGAAAAAAGGUAUGCCAGCACAUCUGAAGAAAAUAGAAGGAUUCCCAAGAUAUACACAAAAACUGGAGAUAAAGGUUUUUCCAGUACCUUCACAGGUGAGAGGAGACCAAAGGAGGAUCAUAUAUUUGAUGCUUUGGGAACAACAGAUGAAUUAUCAUCAGCAAUUGGGUUAGCAAGAGAAUUUUGCAUUGACAGUGGCCAUUCAUUUACAGAUCAGCUGGAGAAGAUCCAGUGUGUACUACAGGACGUAGGAUCAAAUAUUGCCACUCCACGGUCAUCAGCUAGAGACAGUCACAUCCAGAAGACAAAGUUCAGCUCUCAAGCUGUGAUUGAGCUGGAGAGGUGGAUUGAUUCGUUUACAGAGGAGCUGCCUCCACUCACCAACUUCAUUCUUCCUUCAGGAGGGAAAAGCAGCGCAGCUUUACAUGUGGCCAGAACAGUGUGUCGACGGGCUGAACGCUGUGUUGCCCCUGUUGUCCGUUCGGGUGAGACAGAUGCUGAAGUUGCCAGAUAUCUGAACAGACUUUUUGCUUCCACAGAUUGAGUGACUACUUGUUCACGGUGGCUAGAUAUGCUGCAAUGAAAGAGGGCAAUGCAGAAACAGUCUACAAAAGACCUGAAUAGGGGAAGAAGAAAACAUCUCAGUGUGUCAUCUAAAAUUUCAACCAUGUUCCUCUUGUUUCCAAUAUAUAUAUAUAUAUAUAUAUAUAUAUAUAUAUAUAUAUAAUAAAACAUCUGAAUACAAAAACACUGGUCAGGCUUUUUACAGAGAACAAUGUAUAAAGUUUUUGAGAAGCCUAACAAUAAACAUUUAGGGAACAUUUUGAUUGGGAGAAUUUCUUACACUUUGCAAUAAUAUUCUGAUGGAUUUGCUGAAAAGUUAUUGAAACUUUGUUCUAUAUUCAUGAUCCCAGAGUUUACCUUCAUGCAAAGUUAAAUUGGUCAUUUUUAUAUAUAUAUGCAUCAUUUGGAGUAACUACUGUGGUAAAAUUGUUUUAAUAUUACCAUCUGUACCCUGAAAAUGAUGUUGAUUUUAUGAAAUAUAUAAAUACAUCAAAGUUUAAAAUGAA